AUGAAGAGCCGCAAGUGGACCAUGCGCUUAUUUUAUCAUUUCCUGGACCUCGCAGUUAUAAAUUCAUGGGUUAUGUUCAAGAAGGUAAAUAAUAUAAAAGGAUAUGAUCAACUUCUCAAUUUGGGUACAUUUAGACUAGAACUUGCCGAAACCCUCUGCAAAUUGGGUCUACCUGCAAAUGGCGCUAAACGUGGUCGACCUAGUGGGAGCACAAUACAAAGAGAACUUGUAAUGAAGAAGUUCCGAGGACCAGCUCAAGCAAUUCCUUUGAAAGACGUCAGAUUGGAUCAGACAUGUCAUUGGGCAGUUUGGCUGGAUAAGCAGCAGAGGAUUGAAUCGGUAAACACUACAGAUGAUUUAGCCUCAGAUAUCAUAAAUGAUUGGCUGCAGGAAGAUGAUUUACUGGGCGAAGAUGAAGAGAUUGCCAAAGACGGCGGCUGUGUGUGA